CGUCCAUGCAAGCAACUCUGGCUCUCCCACCAGCACUGCAGCACUCAAACAUUCCACCAUUGCAUCUGCUUACCUCUUGUACUACCUCCGAAUCGCAUCGCAUUGCUUCGUGUCGCAUCAUAUCCUCGUAUCGUCGGUCGUCUUGCGCGCCUCACCGUUGCUUUACUGUCGGCAUUUUUGAGGGAGUUGUUGAUCGCUCCACAAUCUAUCUUUCAACCACAAACAACGAACUUGUCCAUCUGUCCGCUUUCGAACUCAAUUCGACGUCAAUGUCGUUGUACAGUGUCUAAUUCACAUUCACUUCACCUUUGUUCUCUUUGAAGUCUUCUCGCCUUUAGCGGGUCCUUUGAGCGUGGAUAUUAUUCAAUUCACCCCGUUCGCCAACAUGGCUACUUCCUGUCGCACCGCAACUCCUCCCCCUCCAUCCUCCAUCAACACGCCUACAACUCCAAAACACGGAUGGGAAGACAGCUACCAGCCUUAUUCCCCUCGAAAGUCUGCUCGAGUAUCGUCACAGCGAUCAAGAGCGGCGCAAACACCACCACCCCCAAACCUCCGCAACUCUUCCAAGAAAGUCGCAUCUACAAGCACGCCCGGCAGCACUUUAUCUCCUCCUCCAACUUCAUCGAUCAUGGCUUCCUCGAAGAGAGUCACCCGUGGGGGAUCAGUUUCUGGCGCAUUGAACUACGGCACAACUGCCUCUGGAUCUUCAGCUCUCGAUCUCCCAGCUCCUGUUCGCGACAAUGGCAUGCUACCUACCCCGGCGAAGACCCCCAAGAAGAAAUCGUCUGAGAUCGUCCCUGGAAUCGCGUCGAUUGCGCGCAACUUGUUCCCUAUCCGUGGUGAGACUGCUGAAGCGGUUAUGCCAACACCCAAGAAGAAGGGCCGCAAGUAUGCUGGUUUUUCUUUGGAUCAAGCUGAGGACGAGGAUGCCCCGAUCCCGAUCUACACCGACACAACCGAUCGCAUCCCAGAAGCCGAUACGAGUGCAGCCAACCCUUUUUAUGGCAAUCACAGCGCUCCGCAGCCUGAGCCGACCAAGCGAUCAAUCAAGCGUAGAAAGAUUACAAUCCCAGGUGAAGGAGAACAGACUGUCGAGGAGGCUGAACGUCGUGAAGAUGGUCUAAUCUAUGUCUUCCGAGGCAAGAAAAUCUUCCGCAAGUUCAGCGAUGAGGUUGAAACUGGAACUCCUGAUCAUAAUGACUCCGACGCCGAGGCCGAUACUGAGCUCGAAGAAGAUUUGCCUUCGAGUCUUCGUCGCCCAUUGACUCGGUCCUCCAUCAAGCCUCGUCUUCUUUUCCCAUCUGCCCACCAAGCUAAAGCUGCCGAGAUGAGAUCGCAAGCCACCGAAGAUGAGGAAGAAGCUGUCACGGACAUUGAGGAGCCAAACAAUCUCUCUACUCCUACGGCCCAGACGGAUGAUGUAGUCGCGACCCCAAAGGCACCCAAGUUCGCACCCGCUUCUCCACCCACCACUGCUAGAGUUACGAGAUCCAAGAAGUUGGACAUGACUAGUUCCCCAGCCGGACCGUCCAGGGAUGGAAGUGUCAGUCCUUUUCUCGGUUGGGCAAUUGAUAAAGGUAAAGGUAGAGCUACUUCUGGCAGUAAGAAGCGAGCAGGUGAACCUUUAAAGAGAGCCGGCGGCGCCAAGAAGACCCGUGGAUGAAAGUUGGGGUUAGGUUUUGAGGAUUCAGUGGUGUGUAGGGCGUGUUUUGUCUCUUUAAUAACGCGAUAGCGGGUCCAUACUCUUUUCUUCUGCCUCCUUUGGCAUCAUAAUACAGUCUGUAAUGGGUUGGGAGGAUGCCGCUGUGCGGGCGAACUUCGAAGCAGAACGAAUAGGGGAGGGUGAGGUACAGACGUACAGACAU